CGCGGUGCUGUCCGCAGAUAGAGACGUGCCUUUGUGGACGCGGCGCGACCCCCGAUGGCCUCGCAGCGGCGUUAACACUUUGUGACAUUAACGGGAACAGGUCAGUCCCUGUUCGAGCUCGCAGCCCCGUCUCCAAAUGCGUCCGGGACUGGCAGGACUAGCGGCGGAGAUGCUGAGCUGCUCCGGCGGCAGAGCCGCGCCGCGGCUGGGCAGCCUGCUGCUCGGCCCCGCGGCCAGCGCGCUGGCGCCGCCGGCGGGGCCGAGCGGCCGCCGGCUCCGCUCCACGUCCUCCAUGCAGGGCCACGCAGAGCUGGCCAGGGAGCGCUCCAAGACUGUCACGUCGUUUUACAACCAGUCUGCGAUCGACUCUUCCGCAGAGAGGGCCUCCGUGAGACUAACCUUAGCAACGCUGCUUUAUUCCGGGAAGUCUCCAGAAGGACACCACGUCUUGAGCAGUGCCAAGUACCUUCACAAGGAGCUGCCUGUACGAAUCGCCCAUCGCAUCAAGGGUUUCCGCAGUUUACCCUUCAUCAUUGGUUGCAACCCCACCAUACUGCAAGUGCAUGAGCUGUACAUCAGGGCGUACCACAUGCUCAGUGACUUUCCCCAGAUCAAGGAUCAGGAAGCGGAGGCUCGUUUCUGUAAAAUGGUGCAGCUGCUGCUGGACGACCACAAGGACGUGGUCACCAUGCUGGCGCAGGGCUUCAGGGAGUGCCGCCGCCACAUCGAGGACGAGACGCUCAUCCGCAGCUUCCUGGACACCACGCUGUGCUCUCGCCUGGGAAUCCGGAUGUUGGCCACGCACCACCUCGCCCUCAACGAAGACAACCCUGACUUCGUGGGGAUCAUCUGCAGACGCCUGUCUCCUAAAAAGAUCAUUGAGAAGUGGGUCGACUUUGCCAGACGUCUGUGUGAGCAUCAGUACGGAAACUCGCCCAGGGUGAGGAUCAACGGACACGUCGCCGCUCGCUUCCCCUUCAUCCCGCUGCCUCUGGAUUACAUCCUGCCGGAGCUCCUGAAGAACGCCAUGAGGGCGACCAUGGAGAGCCACCUGGACACCCCGUACAACGUGCCUGACGUGGUCGUCACCAUCGCCAACAACGACAUCGACUUCGUCAUCAGGAUCUCGGACCGCGGCGGCGGCAUCCCCCACAACAUCAUAGACAAGGUGAUGGAUUACCACUUCAGCACGGCGGAGGAGAGCGCGCAGGACCCCCGCAUGAGCAACCUCUUCAACACCAUCACCAACUCCGGGAACCAGUCCAGCCCCAUGCACGGGUUUGGCUUCGGCUUGCCCACCUCCCGGGCCUACGCCGAGUACCUGGGCGGCUCGCUGUCCAUCCAGUCCAUGCAGGGCAUCGGCACGGACGUCUACCUGCGUCUGCGCCACAUCGACGGCAAAGGAGAGAGCUUCAGGGUGUAAAACUCCUCGCCGGUAAUGCUAGUAGGUCCCAACGGAGGGGCGAGGCCAACCAGAGUUUCUCACCGCGAAGGCCGGCGAGGACGAGCUCCUUCGUCCUCAAAGCGGCGGCCUUCGCGUCAGUCUGUCACUUCUUCUUCUUUGUUUUCGCCUUUGACUGAUUUAUAAGCUACGUUAGCUCUGGAGCUGAUGGUUUGUUGCCCUGUGGCGUGUCGUCUCAAAGAUGGUUGUUGUUUCUUUUUUUUUUGAUGAUGAUUCAUGAAUUUGUUUUUGAAUGUUUGGAUUUUCGGGACAAACUGUGCAUGAUGGUGGACACUGAAGAGAGAAGGACGAGAAGAAGAGCUUCACUUUUAAAGAAGCUCUUGUUGAAGUUACUGGUUGCUUAGCCUCGCGGUAGACGCCGAUGUUUAGAUGAUAAAUGUUUCACGUGAAACUUCUGAGACACUCCAGCGACCCGGAUCUGUUUUAUCUCCUCAAAGAUCAGCGGCGAUCGUCUCCACCGGUUAAACGGCCAGAAACUCGCGUCUACAAGGGAAACGGUACGUGGAGCCAGCCACGCCCACCAGAGACGGGACCUCCCCUGGCUCAUAAAUAUAAGAAAAAAAAAAAAAAUUAAAUGCCAAAAACAAAAGAUUUGUUCAGAAAGUCGUCUUUGCGGCGCCUGCUGCCCCGGACGCGCCUGCCUGCCUUACGCACGACUCCAGUUCUCAGCUGUAUUCUACUUUUCUCACUCGGUUUGUUGCCUUUUUACCGUCGUCCCUGUCGGCGUCGUUAGAUUUACGGUUUUUAAGUAGUUUUCCUGCUCAGUUACACCGCAGCAGUAUUGUUUGUUUUAAACUUUAGUCUUUUUGACGUCCGUUUUUGUACGAAAACAUUUCAAAUCACAUUUCAGAGCGAUUUGACGACAGCAUUUCUGCUGUAUGGACGUGUUGAGUUUCUACGGCUGCCGGCCGUUUUCACGUCAAAUCACAACUUGAUUAAGUCGUUUAUCUUCAGGUGAAGUGCAGAAUAACCUUUUAUUUCUGGAUGUUUAGUCUUCUAACCGCACGAAAACGUCAAAUUUGUUGCUGAACACUUUAUUAUUGAUUAAACGAGACAACUGUCCUCUUUGCUGCAGUUUGAUUCUUCUGAUGCACCACCGAUGAUGCUUUUUAUAGUCAACAGAACCAACUCUGAACACCUGGAACCCAAAACUCAGUUUCUUAAGUUUGUUGAACCUCCUUAGUGGAACAGACCCUAGGGUAGGAGGUUACCAUGGUUACAGAGUCCUAAAACUAAGCUCAUAGACCCUUAAAUCGAUGUUCCUUGAAUAACUUCCUCAGAGAUCCAGUUUCCUGUCAGAGGGGGGGUCCAGUGUGGACGAGGAUCAGUUUUGUUUGGGAACGAAGGCUGUGCCCCCUGCAGCACCCUCUCAUUAAAACAACCCUUAGAUUUAGUCUGUUACAAAAAUGUCAGGAAAAGAGUCACAAAAAUCAAGUUGUGAUGCGACUAAACGGACAGAACGUGACACAAUCCAGAAGAACCUGGAGGUCCUGAAGUUCAGCAGAAACUCUCCUGUCGUGUUGAACAUUCCCCGCAAACGUCAUGCCACUGAUCAGGAUGACACGUUUAGACUUUUGCUUUAAUGACCAGCUGUUACUGUCGCCGUUUGAACUCGAAGGGGGCAUUAGAGACGAUUAUUCUGAACCCGCCUCAAAAACACGUGGACUCGACCAGAUGUUUGCUUUUCUUUUGAGACAAUGUGCAAAACAUUAAAUUAAGUUUUACAUCUUACAGAUGAACUAACAGCUAAAGGCAGCUAAAAUCUCAUUUUAGCUGCGAUCAUGUUAUUUUCUAGUAAGAUAUAAAAUAUCAUCCAGUUUUUUUGUUUUUUUUAAAGAGGCUCAUUUAUAUAUUUAUUUAUCCCUCAAAACGCACCUGAACUAAUGAUUGGUAUGUAGCCUUGCUUGGAAAGCAGAGGUGAUUUGGGGAAAGCUGAUAACCACUCCAACUUUUUUGAAUAAAGGGUGAAACGUUGAAGGUUUGUAGUUUGAGUGCUGACUGCCCCCUGCUGGUGGAACCAGAGAAUGCAGCCUUAGACCUUAUCAAGAACGAGAACGCUCCAGAGGAUCCAAGGGUUUCUUUAUUUCCAAGUUUCUGAUCAAAAUGAAGCAAAAAUAAAGCUUAGCAUCACCAAGCAAAACUUGAGUUUGUUACUGAUAAUUGUACCGUCUGGAGUGUUUUGUCUCCUAGUACCUGUAGCUUCUCCUCACGACUUUUGUUUAAGAUUUUGUUUAUUAAAUUUUACUUGGUUUCAA